CGCGGACCUCCGGAACCGCCUCAUCUUCCUCCGCCUCCGCAUCGACCGACGACCAAGUAGACGAUGUCGUCGCUCGAGAUGGUUCCCGGGGCGCUCUGCUACGUGCCCGAUGAGGUCGACGUAUGGCUGCCGGCCGAGGUCGUCGGGCAGAAGGCGGGCACGAAGCAGAUCACAUGCAAGGUCUGGACCGUCGAUGGCCACGUCGAGGAGCGCGUCGUCGACCUCGAAGACAAGAAGACGCGCGCGCUCAUGAGCGGCAAGGGCGAGGCCAUGGAGACCGUCGACACGCUGCCGUUCCAGAACGAAAACGUCGGCGACGACGGAAUUGAGGACAUGAUCACAUUGAACUACCUCCAUGAGGCCGCCAUCUUGUACAACGUCAAGAAGCGCUUCUUGCGCGAGCUCCCAUACACAUACACGGGCACGAUCUGCAUUGCGGUCAACCCGUACAAGUGGCUGCCCGAGCUGUAUGCGGAAGAGCAGCACGUGCGGUACCUCAACAUCCCACGCGAAGAGCUGCCGCCGCACGUGUACGCGACCUCGGUCGCGUCGUACGAAAACAUGAAGACGCACAGCCGCAACCAGUCGAUCCUCGUCAGUGGCGAGUCGGGCGCUGGUAAGACGGAGACGACCAAGAUUCUCAUGAACCACCUCGCGACGAUCGCCGGUGGCAUGAACGAUGGCACGAUCAAGAAGAUCAUCCAAGUCUCACCGCUGCUCGAGUACUUUGGUAACGCCAAGACGGUCCGCAACGACAACAGUUCGCGCUUCGGCAAGUUCACCCAGCUCCAGUUUGACCGCGCGGGCACGCUCGUCGGUGCCAAGUGUAAGACGUACCUCCUCGAGAAGACGCGUGUCAUUGGCCACGAGUUUCCCGAGCGCAACUACCACAUUUUCUACCAGCUCAUCGACUCGGGGGACAUGGCCAAGACGCUCUUCCUUGAUCAGGACGCUACAUACCGGUACAUUGGCGAGAAGAGCACGGCGCUCAUCGAAGGCAAGUCGGACGCACACCACUUUAUGGUCACGGCCGAGCGCCUCAGCCUCAUUGGCUACUCGGCGGCGGCGCAGCUCGACCUCUACAAGACGCUUGCUGGUAUCUUGCACCUCGGCAACCUGCAGAUCAUCUCGGACCCGUCCGAUGACGAAAAGUCCAUGAUCGCGCCCGGCGAUGUCUCGGCGACGUACAUCACGCAGCUCAUGGGCCUCACGAUGGAGUCGCUCGAGAAGGCGCUCUGCUCGCGUACGAUGCGGGCGCGCAACGACGUGUACAGCGUGCCGCUCAAGAAGAGCGAUGCGGAAGCGUGUUUGGACGCGCUCGCCAAGGCCAUCUACUCGCGCGUCUUUGACUGGCUCGUCGAGCUCAUCAACUUGUCGCUCUCGAACGAUGCCAAGAUGACCAACCACAUUGGCGUGCUCGAUAUCUUUGGGUUCGAGCACUUCAAGUUCAACUCGUUUGAGCAGUUUUGCAUCAACUACGCCAACGAGAAGCUGCAGCAAAAGUUCACGUCGGACGUGUUCAAGACGGUCCAGAUCGAGUACGAGGAAGAGGGCAUCCAGUGGGAACACAUUGAGUUCUCGGACAACCAAGACGUGCUCAACGUCAUUGAAGACCGCAUUGGUAUCAUCUCGCUCCUCAACGAAGAGCUCAAGAAGACCAAGGGCUCGGAGGCCGGCUUCAUGUCGACGAUCUCGUCGAUCAACAAGGAUUUGUACAAGCCCAGCGUCAUUGAGUUUCCACGUACGUCGCGCACCGAGUUUAUCAUCAAGCACUACGCGGCGCCCGUCAAGUACGAGUCGCUCGGGUUUCUCGAGAAGCACAAGGAUAACUUGCUCCCGGAUCUCUCGGACCUCAUGCGCGGCUCGGACACGACGUACAUCCAAAAGCUCUUUGAGGAAAAGGCCGUCGAGGAAAAGAAGGAAGAGGUGCCGGCCGGUCGCCGUCGCGGCGGCACGCUCAACAUCUCGACCGUCGGGUCGCAGUUCAAGGACAGCUUGACGGAGCUCAUGACGACGAUCCAGUCGACCAACGUGCAGUACGUGCGUUGCAUCAAGCCCAAUUCGAUCAAGAGCGCGACGACGAUGGAGAACGCGAUGGUUGUCUCGCAGCUGCGGUGCGCCGGUGUCAUUGAAGCCAUUCGCAUCUCGCGCGCCGCGUACCCGAACCGACAGACGCACGAGGAGUUCUUGGCCAAGUUCCGCCUCUUCGUCCCCGCGGGGCCGGGCAACCCGCGCGAAAAGUGCGAGCAGCUCAUGACCAAGCUCAAGCUCACGUCGCCGGCGCAGUACCAGAUGGGCUGGACCAAGAUCUACUUCCAGCUCGGCGUGCUCGAAGAGCUCGAGGACCGCCGCAAGAAGUUCCUCGACAAGAAGGCGCGCUUCCUCCAGAAGAUCAUGAAGGGCUUCACGCAGCGCAUCAAGUACCUGCGCCAGCUGCGCGCGAUCGUCAAGCUGCAGUCGGUCAUCCGCUGCGUGCUUGCGAUGCACCGCUACAACACGUUCCUCAAGGGCCUCGUCAAGGCGCAGGCGCGCAUCCGCGGCAUUCUUGGCCGCAAGGUGGCGCUCGAAGUCAAGCGCAACCACUGCGCCGUCAUCAUCCAGCGCCAUCUUCUCGGGUAUGCCAAGCGCAUCACGUACAAGAAGAAGCGCCGCCUCAUCAUCCGCGUCCAAGCGUAUGCGCGUAUGCACCUCGAGCGCCCGAAAUACCUCGCCGCGCUCAAGGAAAAGAAGAUGGAAGCCGACAUGCAGUACCAGCUCAAGAUGCUGCAGCAGCGUCUCCUCGAAGAGCAGGCGCGCAACGCGCAGCUCGCGCAGGCGCAGUCGCAGCCGACGACCAAGUCGACGGACAAGGCGAUUAUUUCCGACUCGGCCGAUAUGAUUGGGUCGCUCCAGGACGCCAACGCGAUCUUCAAGAAGGAGAACGACGAGAUGAAGUCGAGCCUCGCGUCGCUCAAGUCGGAGCUCGAGAAGCUCAAGCUCGACAAGGAGCUCGCGAUGGCCAACACGAUCGUCAAGCUCAAGCAAGAGCAGGAAGCGCUCAAGGUCGCGCACAAGAAGAUCGAAGCGCUCGAGGCCGAGAACGCCAAGCUCAAGGACACGAUUGCCAAGGGCGGGUUCCCAGCCCACGACGCCAGCGCCAAGCCCGCGCGCCGCAAGCUCUUCCGCACGCUCGGCGCCAAGAAGAUCACCGAGGCCGACGUGCGCGCGGCCGAAGGCGGCGUCAUGCUCGACUCGCUCACGGACGAGAAGGAUGUCUCGACGGGCUCGUCCCACCUCGGGUCGGCUGUCAGCCUCAUCAAGAACAUCAAGCGCCCCGCCUUCUGGGGCAACGCGACGCCGGCACACGCUACACCGGCGCACGCCGACGACGCGACGUCCGACACGGAGAAGCGCAACUCGGACUACAACGACUCGACGGUCAAGACGGACGUCGAGAGCGACGGCGGCUCGCGCACUUCGGUGCUGGGCAUGAUCUCGUCCGCGUCGACCUCGAGCGUGAGUGGCGCCAUGAGCCGCAUCAAGGGCGGCAUGGGUAUCCCGUCGGGUUUCAAGAGCUUCUACGGCAACAAGGGCGAGGAAAAGAAGGACGAGGCAGCGACGACGGCGACCAACGGCAAGACGGUCACCAACGGCACGUCGCGGCCGGGGCUCAACCGCGUCGAGAGCAAGGCCCGCGUCAUUACGAGCAACUUGCCGCCGCAGGAGUCGUUCAACCUGGACUCGCUUCCAGAGGCGCCGCUGCCGAUGGGCUGGGAAGCCAAGGUCUCGCGCAACAACGGCAAGGUGUACUACGUCAACAAGUCGCUCAAGCUCACGCAGUGGGACCGUCCGACGAUCGAGACGCUCAAGCUCAUGAAGCAGAAGAAGGCGCAGGAGACGACGGCGGCGGCGGCGACACCCGCGGCGCCCGUCGUUUCGACAACAACAGAGUAGAAAAUGAAGGAAGAAGGACGUCGUAUGUAGGUAUUAUAUUGAGUCUGUUGGGAAUGCAAGAGAUAUUCGGGUUACGUGA